GAACUCCCUCAGCGAUCAGCGAAGCUAGCUAAUGCCCACUUCUUGAAAACAUUUCUCGGAUGGUAGCACUUUCCCCCACAUUCCCGGACACCGGUUAAUGACUCACAGACUCGACGUGAAUUGAGUCCCCAAGGAUGUCAAAGCGGAGUUUGUUUGUUCGCCUGGUGCCGUGCCGCUGCUUGCGGGGUGAGGAGGAGGCAGUAACAUCGCUGGACUACUCCCACAGCAGCCUGGAGACUGUUCCCAAGGAGAUCUUUAGUUUUGAGAAGACCCUGCAGGAACUCUACCUCGAUGCCAACCAGAUAGAGGAACUGCCUAAACAACUGUUUAACUGCCAGUUACUCACCCGACUGAGCAUGCCAGAUAAUGACCUGACGGUGUUGCCGGCAGCAAUCGCAAACCUCGUUAACCUCAGGGAGCUUGAUGUCAGCAAAAACAGUAUCCAGGAGUUUCCAGAAAACAUCAAGAAUUGCAAAGUCCUGACUGUUGUAGAAGCCAGUGUGAAUCCUAUAUCCAAGCUCCCAGAUGGCUUCACUCAGCUUCUGAGUCUGACGCAGCUUUACCUGAACGAUGCUUUCCUGGAGUUCUUACCAGCCAGCUUCGGCAGGCUGACAAAGCUACAGAUCUUGGAACUGAGGGAGAACCAGUUAAAGAUGCUGCCAAAAAGCAUGCAGAAGCUCACGCAGCUGGAGAGGCUGGACCUGGGCAGUAAUGAGUUUGCUGAAGUGCCGGAGGUCUUGGAGCACCUGAAUGGACUCAAAGAGCUGUGGCUGGAUGGGAACAAACUGACUUAUCUUCCCGGGAUGUUUGGGAUGCUAAAACAGCUGGUUUACCUGGAUGUGUCAAAGAACCACCUGGAAAUGGUUGAUGAAAAAAUCUCCGGCUGUGAAAAUCUGCAGGACCUCCUCCUCUCAAACAACGCCAUCACUCAGCUGCCCGGCUCAAUCGGCUCCUUGAAGAAACUGACGGCGCUGAAAGUGGACGAAAACCAGCUGAUGUACUUACCAGACUCCAUUGGGGGACUGACGUCUAUUGAUGAGCUGGACUGCAGUUUCAACGAGAUCGAAGCCUUGCCCUCCUCCAUCGGUCAGUGUGUCGGCAUUCGCACCUUUGCUGCAGAUCACAACUUCCUUAGCCAGCUUCCCCCUGAGCUGGGCAACUGGAAGAACGCAACUGUGCUGUUUCUGCAUUCCAACAAGCUGGAGUCUUUGCCUGAGGAGAUGGGGGACAUGCAGAAGCUCAAAGUUAUCAACCUGAGCAACAACAAAUUAAAGAGUCUUCCCUACAGUUUCACCAAACUCAGUGAGAUGACUGCUAUGUGGCUGUCUGAAAACCAGUCAAAGCCGCUGAUCCCCCUCCAGAAAGAGGAGGAUCCAGAGACUCACAAAACCGUGCUGACCAACUACAUGUUCCCCCAGCAGACCAGUACAGAGGACUUCCUUCCCAACUCUGACUCCGAGAGCUUCAAUCCGGCUCUGUGGGAGGAGCAACGCAAGCAGCGAGCUCAGGUGGCCUUUGAGUGUGACGAGGACAAGGAUGAGAGAGAAACUCCCCCAAGAGAGGGAAACCUGAAGCGCUACCCAACACCUUACCCAGAGGAGCUAAAGAACAUGGUGAAGACAGCUCAGUCAGUGGCUCACAGACUGAAGGAGGAUGAAACAAGUGACGAGUCAGGGAAAGAGUCCAAACCAGCUGAGAGAAACCACAUUGGAGUGCAGGACGUGGGAGUUAAGGUGAUAGAAGCCCCGUGUCCCAACGGUGUAGCAUCGGACACCGAGACUCUGGUAUCCUCCAGCACGUGUGCACAAAGUCCUUCUACAACUGAAGCUAAAGACACCUCAGAGUCUCUUAGCUCCAAGAAAAUUCCCCUCAGAUCUUCAGAGGGUUUGAUGAUGAACCACGAGGACACACUAGAAGAUUCUGAGGAGCUUUCAGAUGAUGAAGAGAUGAAAGUUGCAGAGAUGAGACCACCUCUUAUUGAGAUUUCCAUCAAUCAGCCAAAAGUAGUGACUUUAAGUAAGGAUAAAAAAGAUGAUGGGAAAGAUGCUGACUCGUUGCUGGAUGAAACGGUGGCCAACAGCAACCAGAACAACAGCAACUGUUCAUCACCGUCGCGCAUGUCCGACUCUGUGUCUCUGACUACUGACAGCAGUCAUGAAAACUCUCUGUGCACACCUGAGAGAGACGCAAAGAUGCCUUUCCUUCCAAAAACUCGGCAGGAGGAUGAAAACAUGAACCGGCCUAAAGACACCGCCACUCGUCUUCAUAAUGGUAAUGGCUCUGAAACGUCCCUUCAGGCACUUUUAAAAACCCGGCAGUCACCUCCAGACUAUGAUCUGACGAUGGAAGCCAAGAUGGCCUUCAUUGAGAAGGGGAUAAACAAUGGUUUGGGGGACACCUUCACCAACUGGGACCGGAUUAAUAUGAACAUAACCAAGAUGCCAGUCUACAACUCUGUUCAGCUGGAUGAGCUGGUCACGGUGAAGAAUGGUUCGACUGCUCAGCAAGAGCUAAACAUUGACAACGUGGAUCGUUUACAGAAUGGCAAUCAACAGGGAAGUGACUGCAUGGAUAGUCCUGGGAACCAAAGCCAGAGGAUGAAAAUGGAGUUGUCUACAGGUGUGACUGACAGCAGCGACGUGUCUCUGUCGCGCAGCACAGAAGAACUGUCUCCUGAGAAAUGGUCUCACCCUCCACAGGUGAUGAAGUCUCACAGUGUUAGCAACAUGGAAACAAGAGUCAUGAAGCUGUACUCCUUUGAUGGAGAUGAAGAUUGUUAUGACACGGCAUCAAAGACUAGGGUGGCCGGUCCAGGACCAGGAGCUCAAGGCCAGAGCAUAGUCAGAAGCAAGUCCGCUGGUCAAUUACUCAAUGACCAGAACUUCCAGGUCUACCACGGUUCCUCUACGUCUUCCUCUGAUCUGCUCUCCUCCUCCAAGCCUCCUACCAACUCAAGCAGAUAUCCAUCCUCCUCCAGCAUGGGAGUGCCCCCCCCUCAGUACAAUAUCCAGUACACAAGUAGUGCCAUGUCUAAAGAUGGACUCUGGGCCCAGAGAGCACUUGUCCCACCUGAGAAUCAAGGAUACCUCCCUCAUCAGCCACACUCACUUGCCAACACCAAUUGCUCAAACCGUAACCAGGCACCUCCCUACCCCUCGCAGAGGGAGGGUCCUAUGACUCCUAAAGGAGACUGGACCAAGGAGUGGCUUCAUUCCACUGGUGGCCAACCUCGAAGCAGCACUCUGCAACGGCAGAGCAGCAGCGCCUCCUCAGUCUCCAUGGGUGAACCGAGACGCAUCCAAGUGCCCGACGGGGAGUACAUGACCUACAGGGACAUUCAUACCCUUGCUAGAGGACCACUGGCAAUGAGCCAGGCCAUGCAGAGACCCUUCUCUACUCGCACAUACAGCAUUGAUGCACCCGGAGCCUCCAGGCCUGUCAGCACAAGGCCACAGCCACACGAGCUUCCAGAAAGGACCAUGUCUGUCAGCGAUUUCAACUACCAGCACAGCAGCCCCAGCAAGAGGCCCCCCACCUGGGUGAAGUCUGAGCACUCGCUUCUGGACGGGCCUGCACAGGUGCCAGGACGGGUGCCAGCAGACUGGAGGGACCAGGUGAUGCGGCACAUUGAGGCCAAGAAAAUAGAAAAGGAUGAUGUUUUUGUUCCCCAAGGGCCACCAAGCUACAACAGCCACAGAAAAGUGCCUUUGAUGAACGGUCAGAUGGGCCCGUCUGUUCGUCCCCAGAUGAAUCAGACAUCGAUGGCUCGUCAUCCUUCCAGAGAGCAGCUGAUUGACUACCUGAUGCUCAAAGUCUCCCAGCAGCCUCAUGGCCCCCCUCGAGUUCCUCACGAAACGCUGCAGCAAGAGAUCCAUGUGAAAGUAGAGAAGAAUCCAGAGCUUGGUUUCAGUAUAUCAGGAGGAGUGGGAGGUCGGGGGAACCCUUUUCGUUCUGAUGAUAAUGGUAUAUUUGUGACAAGGGUCCAACCUGAGGGACCAGCGUUUAAGAUUCUUCAACCUGGAGAUAAAAUCAUUCAGGCAAAUGGAUACAACUUUGUGGACAUUGAUCACGGGAAAGCCGUGUCCCUGCUGAAGACAUUUCCAACCACUGUGGAUUUAACAAUCAUACGAGAAGUGCAGGCAUAG